AUGUCGGACCAUGGCUCUGAUACAUCGGAGGGCAGGGCAAUGCCACCUCACAUCCGACUGAACUCGGGUCGACAAGAUCCUGUCAUGGAGCCAGAAGAGGGCUACGCGCCUCUCACUUCCCGGACAUUUCCUCGUCCCUUGACGCCACAAGCUCUCGAUGGCCCGACGCCGAUAGGCGCACAGGGCAUGUCUCCAUACGGCUCAUCGGCUGUACCAGAGUCAUCGGAGUUUCUUCUGCCCCCAAAGUUGCGGCCCACACAAGGCGCUGGCGUGAGUGAAACUGAUAGACCGCGAUCUCCGGACCGGUGGUCUGCGGCUCGAUCGAGUAUCAGCUCUAUCAGCCAUGAGAGUACAUUCCCCCUCGACCCGUUCCAGGACUCAAGGGCCCCCUCAAUGCACUCUGGAAAUGAGGACUACGAUGUGAAUACACAGACUGUGUCGGAGAAGUUCAAUAUCAUGCCCACUGAUGGAUUACUUUUGUUUCCUGAGGAUGUGGAGAAGGAUGAUUACAUGCACAACCCGGAUCCGUUGGAUAAGGACCGCGACUGUGAUAUUUGGAAUCGACGAGGUGUGAUGAACCUCGGUGGUCUGCUGGUCCUGACCUUGGGCAUCUUGGUGCUUUUCAUUGGAUACCCUGUCAUAACUUGGUUAGAAAACAUCUUGAAGCCAAACCCUUUAUGCCAUCCUUCCGAUACAUUAUGCUUGGAUGUUGGGGAACGACCCUUGUUGGAUAACCUGCGCAAGAGCCUGAUUGACCCUGACACACCAAAAGAGGCACUUACAAAGAAAAAUGUCAAUGGCAAGGAAAUGAAGCUAGUGUUUUCGGACGAAUUCAACGUGCCCGGUCGAACUUUCUUUGAGGACGAUGAUCCAUUUUUCGAAGCUGUUGACCUGUGGUAUGGCGUGACAGCCGAUAAAGAGUGGUACGAUCCGGAUGCAGUGACCACAGCCGAUGGAACCCUCCAGCUUCGAUUCGACUACUUUGAAAACCAUGACCUCGAGUACCGCUCUGGAAUGGUACAGAGCUGGAACAAGCUCUGCUUCAAAGGAGGCCGCCUCGAAGCCAGUAUGUCUCUUCCUGGUGAUGGGCACAUCCAGGGUUUCUGGCCUGGUUUCUGGGCGAUGGGAAAUCUCGCCCGCCCUGGUUACGCUGCUACCACAGACGGAAUGUGGCCGUACAGCUACCAUGACGGAUGUGAUGCUGGUAUCACUCCUAACCAGAGCUCUCCGGAUGGCCUCAAUUGGCUUCCUGGUAUGCGCUUGCCUGGAUGUGCAUGUCCUGGCUCCGAUCAUCCGACCCCGGGCAAAGCUCGCAGUGCUCCUGAAAUCGAUGUCAUUGAAGGUAGCACGGCUCCUCUCUAUGGUAACAGUGGCCCCUUCGUUGGAAGUGCGUCGCAGAGUCUGCAGACUGCACCAUUCGACCUGUGGUAUCUGCCAGACUAUGACUUCGCCGCCGUUUACGAUGACCGAGUUACUGAAAUCAACGCCUACCGAGGCGGCGUCUACCAACAAGCAAUGUCCGCCCUGACAAACCUGAAUACCAAAUGGUACAACGGCACAGAAUACCAAACCUACUCCUUUGAGUACACCCCAGGCGCCGAAGGCGAAGUGACCUGGUUCGUCGGGCCCAAGAAGACCUGGACUCUCGACGGCCGGGCCAUCGGACCCAACGGCAACAUCGGACAGCGCAUGAUUCCACUUGAACCAAUGGCUCUGGUGAUGAACAUGGGUAUGGCUGAUAAUUUCGCCCCGCAAAACCACACCAUCCGCGAAUACAUGCCCGCCUUACUCCGCUUUGAUUACGUCCGGAUCUACCAAGACCCGGAUGAUGAAAGUGUUACCUGUGAUCCUCCGGGUUACGAGACUACUAAGUAUAUUGAGCAACAUCGCUUGGCGUACGAUAAUGCGAACUUUACGACAUGGGAUGAUGCUGGUUACCACUGGCCCAAAAACUCUUACAUGCACGAAUGUCCUUCUAAUUAG